AAAAAUUGCAUAACUUAAUUUUGAAUAGUCAAAUGAAUAGAUAGAAGUAAUGACAAAAUUCCACUACCAAAAUCCAAAAUCACAAAACUCUUGAUACGAAGAAGAAACUUGUGACACUUUAUAGCCAAAUCAAACAACAAUACUAGAAUUUUUUUUUCUUGAGAAUUUCUAAAAACAUGAAAAUAGAGCAUAAUAAAAGACUUUCAGUUUCAUCUUCAUUUUCAGUUAUCAAUAGCAUCGUCAAAAUAGCUAAACCAGCAGCGUAUUUUAUCCUUCUCGUGCUAACUUACACCUUAGGUUACCUAUCUCAUUCUUCUUCUUCUUCUCCUUCAUUACCACCACCAAAACUCCUGCCGGCGACGCUAUCAACACCAUCAUCGCCGAUGCUAUCACCACCAUCAUCUCAGAAGCUUCAUGUUUCAUCUCCCGUUUACCGCCUAUCUGCCAUCAACACAACCGAGCUCGAACCAUUCCAAGUGAAAGCAUCUUGCGCCGAACCAAUUCCACCGGAGAAUAUUCGCAACAUACUUAUCGACGGUAUCUUCGAUGGAGUCUCGCCGUUUAUCGACUUUCCUCCGCCACACGCGGAGGAGAAGCUUCGUCGCAGCAAGAAGGUCACAGGUUGGGGUUCAUACGGUGCCGUUUUCGAGAACCUUAUUCGUAAAGUCCAGCCUCGGAUAAUCGUUGAGGUUGGAACGUUUCUCGGAGCUUCAGCGAUUCACAUGGCUGAGUUGACUCAGCGACUCGGACUCGAAACUCAGAUUCUCUGCAUCGAUGACUUUCGUGGUUGGGCCGGGUUUAGAGACCAGGUAAAAAACAUAGCCAUGUUAAACGGUGACGUUUUGCUUUAUUAUCAGUUUCUUCAAAAUGUUGUUACUUUUAAUCAAACCGGGUCGAUUUUACCCUUACCGUUUUCAAGCGGGUCUGCAUUAUCGAAGCUUUGUGAAUUGGGUAUUUGGGCUGAUUUGGUCGAGAUUGAUGCGGGUCAUGACUUUUUAUCGGCCUGGUCCGAUAUAAACCGGGGUUAUCGGAUCGUCCGACCCGGUGGGGUUAUUUUCGGGCAUGAUUAUUUCACUGCUGCAGAUAAUAGAGGGGUUAGAAGAGCUGUUGAUUUAUUUGCCAAAAUUCACAAUCUUAAGGUGAAUGUUGAUGGCCAACAUUGGGUUAUAUACCCCAUUUAUAUACAAUAACCAUGCAUUAUACUAUCUCUGACUUUAAUAUAAGAAAAAGUUUAAUUUUUAGAUUUAUGAAAGAAUAUAUUUAAACUACAUAUAUAGUUUAGAUACGUAAUUCUUUUAUAAAUUUAAAAAAUAUUCUUUUUAUAUUAAUAAUCAGAGGAAAUAUUGGAGUGUAUAAGUUUAUUAUUAAAAAAAAGUGUCUAUAAAUGAAAUGUG